GACCUGAUUGGCUGAUGAUGGCAUUGUACUUGCCCCGGUGUCCCGAGUUUGAGUUGACUUUCGGAGAACUGAGUUAUGGCCUCUUUGAGCCAGCGACUGCGGGAACUACGGGGACCCCUGCUCCCAUCCAAGGUCCUGGUGGAGGAGAGCGAUGAAUGUCUGAUGGAGGACGUGGAGGACGAAGAUCCGGUGUUCGUCGAUGCCGAGGAGCUCUGCAGUGGGGGCGUAAAAGCUGGCAGCCUCCCUGGGUGCCUCCGUGUUGUAAUUGCUGAUGAAAACACUCAAGAACAGUGUGAAGUGUCUGGACGUUUUCCAUUAACGGGUCCUUGGUGGCGAGUGAAGGUACAAGUAAAGCCUGUGGGAUCAAGGAACUAUCACGUUCAAGGAUUUCCAUCAUACUUUUUACAGUCUGAUAUGUCACCACCGAAUCAAAAAAACAUCUGUUCCCUCUUUCUUAAAGAAUGUAAUGUCUCCAGUGACAUUAUAAAUAAAUUUUUAGACUGGGUAAAUAAAAUAUCAGGCUAUAAAAACCUCAACUUUGAAAAUCUUAGGGAAACAUUAAGACUGUUCUACAAAGAACUUGGGAGAAAUGGUCAAAAACAAUCUACAAAGACUGAACAGGAAGAGUCCCAACCAGAUCAUGAGAUGUGCCUUCCUGUGGAAAACACAAUUCCGUUUAUAAGUGUAACGACAGCAUUGAAGUUUCCAAAAAUAAUGGAAUUCCUUCCAGUUCUUCUGCCUCAACACUUUAAACAGCUCAUAAGCUCAGAUUCUAAAGAUGUGUUGAGAAAGAUAGAAGAGAUUUUGGUUACGAAUCCAUGGAAACUUGGAUUUAGCAAAAUAACCUACAGAGAAUUGAAGCUUUUGCGAUGUGAGGCAAGUUGGACGGCAUUUUGUCAGUGCGAGCCUCUUCUCCAGCUGAUGACUGAUUUAGAGAAGAAUGGAUUAAUAAUAUAUUCUAAACUGAAGCAGAUAUGUAGAGAGCAUGGGCACACAUAUGUAGAAGAAGCUGACUUAACUUCUCAGUUGUCAAACUGUAUGUUUUUUCAUGAUGUUUGGCAGUCUCUGCAGUUUUUGAAGGAUAUCGGUGUGGUGACAUAUAAGAAGAGCCGUAUCUUUCUUUAUGACCUUUUCCGGGCUGAAAAAGACAUUGCCUCUUUAAUAGGUAACCUGAUGACAAGGCCUCCAUGGCAUUUACAUGUUGAUGUCAAGAAGGUGCUUGCAUCUCUUCAUACCAAAAAACUGGAGGAUUCAAGAAGCGAUGAUACAUUGAACGAAAGUAAACCUGACAAAACAGGAUUAGAAACUUCGGACGGCGUUCUGAAUGCACAGGGCAGCGGUGACCAUAUUUGGGAUAACGGUGAAAAUGAAGAUAAUGCAGAAAUAAGUCAAGAUCACCUGGACCAGGAUCAGGUGGCUGCUUUGGAGAUGAUCUGCUCCAAUGCUGUGACAGUCAUAAGUGGGAAAGGUGGUUCUGGGAAGACCACAAUUGUUAGCCAUCUUUUUAAGCAUGUGGAGCUGUUGGAAGAAAACGAAGUAAAAAAAGCAUGUGAGGACUUUGAACAAGACCAAGAUUUAUCAGAAGAGUGGAUUACCUUUAGCCAGCAAAGUGCACUGAAGGCAGACAAGGCGAUAGAGGUUUUACUUACUGCACCUACAGGAAAAGCAGCUGGUUUACUGAGAGAGAAGACUGGUUUUAGUGCUUAUACGCUGUGUCAGGUCAAUUAUAGCUUCUACUUAUGGAAGAAAAUAAUGAACAUGAGCAGUCCAUGGAAAUUUUCUUCAGUUAGAGUUCUAGUUGUGGACGAAGGGAGUUUGGUAUCUGUAGGAAUCUUCAAAUCCGUUUUAAAUUUAUUGCUUGAGCACUCCAAACUUUCUAAGCUUAUUAUUCUUGGUGACAUUAGACAGUUACCCAGCAUUGAACCUGGUAACUUGCUGCAAGAUCUUUUUGACACUCUUAAGUCAAGAAAGUGUGCUAUUGAACUAAAGACAAACCAUAGAGCAGAAUCUGAGCUAAUUGUGGACAAUGCUACAAGAAUCUCAAAACGCCAAUUUCCAAAAUUCGAUGCAGAGCUGAAUAUCUCUAAUGAUCCAACAUUUCCUGUCUCUAUACAAGAUAAAACAUUUAUUUUUGUGAAACUUCCAGAAGAGGAUGCUAGUUCUCAGUUAUCAAAAAGUAAUCAUCACUUUUAUUUAUAUUCUGCUGUUAGCGCUUUACUCAAAGAAAAAGACCUACAAUGUGCAGAGACAUCACAAUUUAUUGCAUUUAGAAGGCAAGACUGCGAUGUCAUCAACGACUGCUGUGGCAAGCACUACACUGGCCACCUGACCAAAGACCAUCAGAAUAGACUCGUAUUUGGAGUUGGUGAUAAAAUUUGUUGUACCAAGAAUGCAUAUCUCUCAGAUUUACUGCCUGAAGAUACCUCCAACGGACGGCAAAGUAAUGAACUAGAGGCCAGUGGUGAAGGCUUUAAUUGGACCCUUCAUCAUGUUGCUAAGAAUAAGCAUGACUUUGAGAGUGGUAUUCGACUCUGCAAUGGAGAAAUAUUUUUCAUAACAAGUGAUAAAGUUGAUAUAACCCGUGGAAAGAAAAGAUUUUUGACCAUUAAUAAUAUGGCUGGCUUGGAAGUAACUGUAGAUUUUGGGAAACUGAUGAAACAUUGUCGCAUAAGACAUGCAUGGGCAAGAACGAUUCACACUUUUCAGGGGUCUGAGGAGCAGACAGUUGUCUACGUGGUCGGGAAGGCGGGCCGCCAGCACUGGCAGCAUGUCUACACUGCUGUCACCAGGGGCCGCUGCAAAGUGUAUGUCAUUGCGGAAGAGUCUCAUCUCCGAAACGCAAUUUUGAGGAACAGUGUCUGCAGAAAAACUCGUCUGAGACAUUUUUUGCAAAAUGAGCUCUCCACGAGCUGUGCAUCUCCAGCAGAUCGUGCAUCCCCGUCACCAAGCUCCAAAGACAGCAGAGGACGCAGCACACAGCCCUCAGGGUCACCAUUCCCGACAGACACAGCUGACGCUCUGACAAGCAAUAUCUCCGGAAGCCAGGCCUCUGCGGCUGAUGACAAGACGCCUGCCUCUGCUGGAAGAUGGAAAUUUUCUUUUUCUGGUGAAGCAGAUACAGACGAAGAUCCAUCCAAAUCACGAGGCUUCAAAAGAACCAGUGUCAUGAAUGAAGACGGAAGUCCAAACAAAAUUCUUAUGGUGGAAGAAUCGUCUCCACAAGUGUCUUCCAAACUUCAGAAUUUGAGACUAAAUAGUUUAACCCCCAGGCAACUUUUCAAACCCACAAAUAAUCAAGAAACUUAAUUUUACUUCAGAUUACUCAAAAUAAUUGUCUGUUUUUUCCAUUCAACACAAAAUGAACAUCAUAACUUCAAAGUAUCAAGAUAAAAGAGGAUGUCUAUAACUGGAGCUCUGUUUUAAGGUGUUUGUGUUAUAGAUGUUUUAAAUUUAUUUGAUCAAAGAAAACCUUAAUGAUUUCGAUGUCUUUCAUCAUGAGAACCGGUAGCACUGGACAUAAAUGAGAGAAAACAGUGUCAUAUCUGUACUUUAUAUAAAGAGUUUUAUUUUUAGGAUAAUGUUUUAUUAACUUCCAUGAUCAUUGUGAGUGAUCAUUGCCAAUGGGAUGAAGCAGUUGCAAUGAGAAACUGUAGUUGCAUCUCUUACCGACACCAAUUCCAGGGUGUCAUGUCUUCUGUGAAGGGGGUCGCCUCCCAAGGCUGCCAUUUGCUCCCUAACUGCUGCCUCGCUCUACCUCAUCUGGGGCUUUUCCCGGAACCUCCUCUUGAGUUGGGAGCGCACCCUUUUUUGUUUUCUGUAUCUGAGAUGUAAUUGACAUGUAACAUUGUCUAAGUUGAAGCUGUACAAUGAGCUGAUACUUACAUAGCACACUGUGAUUACCACUGUAGCAUUAGCUGACACCUCCAUCAUGUCACAUCGUUGUCAUUUUGCAGGGGGACGAUACAGAUUGCUUUGAAGAUAUUCUACUGUGGAAAAAUUUUUUCUCAGUGAUUUUUACUUUUUUUAAAGUUUUAUUUAUUGUUGAAUGGUAAAAGAAAUAGUUGAGGAAAAAUUUACCUGAUAUCCCAAUGUUUUAAAAAUAACCUUAUUGAGAUGUAAUUCACAUACAAUUCACCCAUUUACACAAUUGAGUGGUUUUUAGUAUAUUCACAGUGGUGCUACCAAUAUCACAAUCAAUUUUAGAAUACUUUUAUGUAAUCAUCCAAAGAAAUAUUGUACCUUUCAGCUCUAAUACCCUCACCCCCACCUGCCCUGUGCAACUGCUAAUCUACUCUGUCUCUGCAGUAUGCCCUUCAUUACUGGCUUCUUGGAUUUAGCAUAAUACUUUCAGACUUAAUCCAUGUUGUAGCAUGUAUCUAUCAAUGCUCCAUCUCUCUUCUUUAAAAAAAAAUAAAAGACUAAAAACAAUCAUGUACAAAGAA